AUGGGUAAGAGCAGUAAAGAUAAGAGAGAUUUAUAUUAUAGAAAAGCCAAAGAGCAAGGUUACAGGGCCAGAUCUGCUUUCAAGUUGUUACAAUUGAAUGAUGAAUUUCAUUUUUUGGAUGACGAAACAAACUUGAAAAGAGUGGUGGAUUUGUGUGCUGCCCCGGGUUCGUGGUCUCAGGUAUUAUCAAGAAAAAUGUUUACAGAGAGUAAAGGAAAUUUGGACGGAAAGAAGAUUGUUGCUGUGGAUCUUCAGCCAAUGUCUCCAAUAGAAAAUGUCACUACGUUACAAGCAGAUAUUACACAUCCUGAAACGCUGUCCAAAAUUCUUCAUCUCUUUGGUAAUGAAAAGGCAGAUUUUGUGUGUAGUGAUGGUGCACCAGACGUUACUGGUCUCCACGAUUUGGAUGAAUACGUUCAACAACAAUUAAUCAUGAGUGCUUUGCAACUGACCACUUGCAUUUUAAAGAAAAAUGGCACUUUUGUUGCCAAGAUCUUUAGAGGCCGUGAUAUCGAUAUGUUGUACUCUCAACUAGGAUAUCUCUUCGAAAAGGUCAUUUGUGCCAAGCCAAAAUCCUCAAGAGGUACAUCGCUAGAAGCAUUUAUUGUAUGUCUGGGAUACAACCCACCAUCUAACUGGGAACCAAAACUUGACCUUAAUAAGUCUGUUGAAGAAUUUUUUAGUGGAUGCAGUCUAGGCAGAUUGAAAAUAUCGGACGACAACAAACUAUCCAACUGGAAGAUUGAAGAGAGAGACAUUGCCGAGUUUAUGUCAUGUGGAGGUCUCGACAGUGUCGAUUCAGACGCAACGUACCAUUUUGAUGAAGAUGACACGAGCAAUGUUAAAAAGCCUGCUCUUGUCUCUUUGGAUCCAAUACAGAGUCCAACGAACCCACCAUACAAAAAGGCUCUAGAACUUAAGAGAAAGGGGAAAUUGACGAGGGCCGUCUAA